AUGUCAAAUCUUACAAAUCUUGAAUUUGUGGGACUUGAUAUAUCUGGAAAAAAUUAUCUGUCAUGGGUAUUAGAUGUUGAAAUGCAUCUAAAUGCAAAAGGUCUCGGUGAAACCAUUAAAGAAAAUAAUGAUGUCUCGAUUCAAGAUCGAGUAAAGGCAAUGAUUUUCAUUCGCCAUCACCUUGACCAAGGGUUGAAAGAUGAAUAUCUUACUGUGAAAGAACCCUCUGAACUCUGGAAAAAUUUGAAAGAAAGAUAUGACCAUCAGAGGACAGUAAUUCUCCCAAAAGCCCGUUAUGACUGGCUUCACUUGCGUUUUCAAGAUUUUAAAACUGUGAGCGAAUAUAAUUCUGCUAUGUUUAAAAUAAGCUCUCAGUUGUUGUUAUGUGGGGAGAAAAUCACUGAUGAUGAUAUGCUUGAAAAAACCUUCUCUAUUUUCCAUGCAUCGAAUAUGGUGCUACAACAGCAAUAUAGAGAGAAGUGUUUUAUUAAAUAUUCCCAGUUGAUUUCAUGUCUUCUGGUGGCUGAACAAAAUAAUGAGCUGUUGUUGAAAAACCACGAAGCACGUCCAUAA